AAUCAUUUUAGCCGGUAUUUUGACAUGCGCUAUCGUGUCGUAAUUUGCAUAAUGAAAUUGAUCAUUUAGGUCUUAUUUCGGCACUUUUGCUAAAACCUUCGUCAACUUCUGUGCUCCUAUCACAAGAAGAUAACAAGCAAAGACUUUAAAAAAAUUGACAAUUACUGAUGUCCACUGACUUUUAACACAUGUGAUUAUAAUUGAGUGAAGAAACAUUAUAUAUCAUGGCGAAUGGAAGUCAAAAUAUUUUUUUUGACAAUGAGGAAUAUUUGAUGAUGGUGAAUGAAAGUAUAGGUAUAUAUAUUGAUAAUGAUGAAAAUUUAAUGACGGCAAAUGGAAGUACAAAUAUAUCUAUUGACAAUUAUGAAUAUUGGAGCUACGCUACAAACUUUGAAUUUCCGGAACCGUAUAAAACUAUACGGAAUUGUGUAAAUUGGGCAAUAAUUGGUUUGGUUUUACUAUCGCUUUUCGGAAACAUUAUGAUAAUUGCAGUUAUGUUACGGAAGCAGAACAGAAAAUCUUCAACAUCAACGUUCUUCAUUGCUCUAGCAGUUUCUGAUAUGUCUCUUGCAUUGUCAGUCUCGUUCGAGAGAUGGUUGCAUUGGAUAAAUAAUAUAAGCUUGUACGGCAUACACUCUUACAUAACGACCACAAAAACUAUCUUAACCUAUUCGAACAUUCAGUUUUCGUCGUGGAUGCUUGUUUGCAUAACUGUUGAAAGGGUACUAAGUAUCGCCAUGCCGUUUAAAAUCAAGGAAAUUUGUACAAAAGCACGCGCUGGUGUUAUUAUAUUUAUUGUCUGUGCUGUUAUUUUAUGUCUGAAUACGAUCGAGUUUACGGUAAUAGUUGGCGUUCGAUUCAAUGAAGAUAUUGGUAUCAUAUGGAUAAAAAAGGUAGAUGAUGGUGACAAGAUUAUUGCCUGGAUGGACUUUGUAAACUCUUUUUUUAUUCCAAUCAUCUUCAUCGUAAUUGGCUCAGUUUAUAUCAUCGUUAAUCUACUUCGCGUUAAUGUAAACAAGCAAGUUACCAACAAAAAUCGUAACAGGUCAGUUACCAUGACCUUGCUGGGAGCAAACAUCGUCUUUGUCUUAACUAUGUCUCCAUUUGUACUCUUUCAUCUUAUCGUUCCUAGUACAGAGGGAAUGAACAUUUCAAUAUAUCUGUUUUGGACUAUGGCAGAAAUUUUCAUGUUUCUCUCGGAUAUGAAUUGUGCUCUUAAUUUCUUUGUAUAUGUGCUAAGUGGGGCUAAAUUUAGAUCAGAUGUGAUGCUGUUACUCGGACUUAAAGAAUCAAAUUGA